UUACCUGGCUUCCACAAAACGAUAUUCUUGGUCAUCCAAAGACCAAGCUAUUUUACACACAUGCGGGAAUCAAUGGAAUUGCAGAAUCUGUUUACCACGUCGUGCCAAUGGUAUGUUCACCUUUCUUUGGUGACCAGUUCGACAACUCUCAGCGCGUUAAAGACAUCGGUGUGGGGGAGAUAAUGCCAGUCAGAACUGCAACGACACAACAGAUGUUGGACGUUUUAAAGAAAGUGUUAAACGAUGCAAGCUAYAAAGAAAACGCACAUCAUGUAUCUAAGAAGAUGAAGAUGCGAAGGCAUACACCAACACAAGAAGCUGCUGACCUGAUCGAGUACGCAAUUGAUGUCGGCAAUAUGUCUCAUCUGAAGCCUCGUGGUUUGGAUCUACCAUUCUAUGAGCUGUAUAUGCUUGAUGUGUUAACGGUSAUGGCUAUCGCCCUMGCUGUUAUUGGAGGGAUAUYCCUACUGCUUAUCAAACAARUUGCAAAGAUUUGUUUUGGAACAAAUAAGAAGAUGAAGACAUCAUGA